AUUUGUAUUAAUUUAUUUUUAUAAAGUAGAGUUUCUUCAGUGAAAUCUAAAAGAGAAAGAGAAAGAGAAAGCUUCCUUCGAUUUGGUUUGAAUCGUAGAAGAAGAAGAGAAAGAAUAUUACAAUGGCAAGAUACGAUAGAGCGAUCACAGUUUUCUCCCCCGAUGGUCAUCUCUUCCAAGUCGAGUACGCUCUCGAAGCUGUUAGGAAGGGUAACGCCGCCGUCGGUGUUCGCGGUAUCGAUAACGUCGUUCUCGGCGUUGAGAAGAAAUCUACCGCUAAGCUUCAAGAUUCUAGGUCUGUGAGAAAGAUCGUUAAUCUAGAUGAUCACAUUGCUCUUGCUUGUGCUGGGCUAAAAGCUGAUGCUCGUGUCUUGAUAAACCGGGCACGCGUUGAAUGCCAGAGUCACAGACUCACCGUUGAAGAUCCAUGCACCGUGGAGUAUAUUACCCGGCACAUAGCUGGUCUUCAGCAGAAGUACACACAAAGUGGUGGUGUGCGGCCAUUUGGGCUUUCCACCUUGAUCGUUGGCUUUGAUCCUUACACCGGAUCUCCCUCUCUGUACCAGACAGAUCCUUCUGGUACAUUUUCAGCAUGGAAGGCAAAUGCUACUGGCAGAAAUUCGAAUUCGAUCCGUGAGUUUCUAGAAAAGAAUUUUAAAGAGACAUCUGGACAGGAAACUGUGAAGUUGGCUAUCCGAGCUUUGCUUGAAGUUGUCGAGAGUGGUGGUAAGAACAUUGAAGUUGCUGUGAUGACUAAGGAGCACGGUCUGCGUCAAUUGGAGGAAGCUGAAAUUGACGCCAUUGUGGCUGAGAUUGAAGCAGAGAAAGCAGCUGCUGAGGCUGCAAAGAAAGCUCCUCUUAAGGACACAUAAUUUUACGUUUCUUUAUGUAAGCAUCUGUAGGUGUUGGCUCUACUUAUUGUAAAAGCUAAACUGAUGCCAACAAAUCUGAGAUUGAAACACAGAAGAACUCCUGAGGCUAUCCAAGAAACCCUAAGACAUGAUUUUCUUUAUAUUUAUUUAGCUCGUGAAUUGUUCUUGCUGGGUGACUUAAGGAUGACUCCUUUAAUUGUUUUUGGGUCAUGUUAUUAUUGUUUAAGUUCGCAAAUGGAGUUCAAUUUGUUACUAAAAAA